AUGGACAAAGUGGCGACCGCAGAGUCCUGCCGCCUUCAAUGGGCAAAGGCUCGUGGCCACCCGGUUCCCGAUGCGACGAGGCACAGCCUGGCCGUGUCUCUCGCCGGACACGUCUUAGACCUGGUGGACGUGGCGCUGUGGGAGGGCCCCGGCUCGGAGGACUUCGUUCCUCUGGAGUUUCUUUUCACGGGGGCGCCCAGUUGUGUUGACGAGAGCGAAAUGGCAUCAGCACUGACGGAGAAGUUGGAAGACCGGCUUCAGGAUGGGAAUGCCCAUGGGGUGGGGUCUUCAGGGGUCUUCACGGGUCUUCACGCACUUCAUGAGGGCUCCUUUUCAAGCGGUUCAAAUCCAGAGGAGGAGCACAGGGCAGAGUUCCGAUCGCAACUGAAGCAGCGCGCCGCCCUCGGGGAGUAG